AAGACGCCGCGCGUUGCCAGAAAGCAACAGUGCAUAUAUAUAAAAAGCAAGAUUUUAAAAGUAAAACAAAAGCAAGAGUCUAGUCAUUUUGUCGUGUUCGUUGCGUGCGUCGUCGUUGCAAUAUGUCCGAGAAACCAACUGUUUUAAUUUUGGGCGGCUGUGGAUUCAUUGGACGCAACUUGGUGACUUACUUGUUAAAGAAUGAGUUGACACAGGAAAUACGCAUUGUUGAUAAGACACCGCCACAAAUGGCAUGGCUGAACGAGCAGCAAACCGAGGCCUUUGCUGAUGAUAAAGUGGAGUUUUGCAGCGCGAAUUUAAUUAAUGCCGCCUCAUGCAAAUCGGCAUUCGCACCACACCCAACAACGAACCGUGGCUGGGAUGUAGUCAUCAACUGUGCUGCCGAGACGCGUGCCAACCAAGAUGACGCCGUCUACAAGGAGGGCAUUUACAAGCUGAGCAUAAAUUGUGCCAAUGAGGCCGCCACUCAACAGGUCAAACGGUAUGUGGAGCUCAGCUCGGGUUGUGUGAACAGCAGCGAGAAGACGCCGCUUAAGGAAGACUGCAAGCUGGAGCCCUGGACGGGUGUGGCCAAACAAAAGCUGAAAGUGGAGAAGGAGCUGGCGCACAUUAACAGUCUCAGCUAUACGGUGGUACGCCUGCCCGUUGUUUACGGCAUUGGUGAUAAGCGCUACUUGAUGCCACGCAUUAUAAUAGCUGCCAUAUACAAAUACCUCGGGGAGACAAUGAAGCUACUGUGGAAUGAUGCCAUGCGUCUCAAUACGGUGCAUGUAAUCGAUGUGUGUGCGGCGAUUUGGCAAUUAGCCCAGAGUCCCAAAGCGGCUGGACAGGUCUACAAUAUUGUGGAUGACUCAGCGUCAACGCAGGGCAGUAUUAGCGAUUUGCUUGUGGAUAUUUUCGAUAUCAAUGUUGAAUAUUUUGGCAUUGUUAUGUCCAAUCUGACUAAGCUCUAUCCAAGCGAUACGGUCGGUGAAAUCAAUGACAAGCAUAUGGCGCCCUGGGCAGAGAUUUGUCAACGCAAUGACAUUGAAAAUACGCCACUGACACCGUAUUUAGAUGAGGAGCAACUGCAUCACAAGCAUCUCUAUUUGGAUAAUACGAAACUAAAAGACUUUGGCUAUGUGCUUCAGGUCCCUCGACUCACACGCGCCUUGCUAACCGAAAUGAUCGAUGAUUAUGUGAAGCAGCAGCUCUUCCCUAAAUCUCUGGCGCUCUGAACAAAUGCAACAGGAUGACAAGCACCACGUUAAUACGCACACAGAUAACUUUUUAAAUUAGUUAAGCGAAAACUUUUGAUAUUGAUGAAAUUUAACAAUGACCACAUCCACAUACAAACUUCCAAUUUAUACAUGGUAUUGUCCAGCAUUUUGUUUCGUAAUUAACGAAAAGUGUACUUAUAGUAUUAUGUGUAGACCCAUUAUAUAUAUAUAUCUAUAUAUUUUGUAUAACUAACUAUUAUCUACUAUUAGUAUGCAUACAUUCCAAUCCAAUUAUACAAUGUAUAUGUAACUUUGAGACUAAAAUUUAUCAACGAUUAUUGUGAUCAUUUUAGUGGCCAACGAACAAUUGACAAUUAAAAAUACAUUUGCAUAAAGUU